AUGACUUCCGAAGGGGAGCAGCAUGACACGUUCUGCCACAAGGCGGUGGCCCUCAUCGUUGACCUCUGCCUCGACGACAGCUCUCUGCUGGACUCCAGCACGUGCCAGGAGUUCCUCCUGCUGCUGGCCGACCAGAGCCCCGGCCCCAUGGACUCAGACAUCUCUUUCGGCCUCCUCUUGGUGGUGUUUAUUGUGUGUGGUCUGGCCCUGCUGGGGGUUAUUGUUUUCGCCUCCUGGAAGCUGUGCUGGGUGCCCUGGCGCAAAAAAGCCCUGUCCUCCAGCGCCACUGCCCUCACCCCGGCUGGCCCCUCUGAGAGAGGCGGAGACUGCUUCUGUCCCUCCCGCCCGGACGCCAUGGCGACGGAGAAGCUGAAGGACCCUGCAGGCUCCGUGAGCAUCCUGGAGGCAGCAGUGAAGAUCAGCCACACGUCACCUGACAUCCCGGCCGACGUCCAGCUCUCCAUGAGGGACCACUUCCUGCGCCGCACCCGCAUGGCCCGGCAGACGACUGAGCCCGCCUCCUCCAACAGACACAGCUCCUUCAAGCGGCACCUCCCGAGGCAGAUGCACCAUGUAACGAGCCUGGACCGCGGCAGCGACUUCCUGGAUGUGGACGAGCAGGCGACUAGCAUUGGCCGCAUCAAGCCCGAGCUCUACAAGCAGGGCAUGCAGGAGGUGGACGAUUCGGCCAAGAACGGCGGCAAGACCUGCGGUCGCAUCAACUUCUCCCUCAAGUACGACUACGAGAACGAGGCGCUCAUCGUCAACGUCCUCAAGGCCUUCGACCUGCCCGCCAAGGACUUCUGCGGCAGCUCCGACCCCUACGUCAAGGUCUACCUGCUCCCCGACCGCAAGCGCAAGUUCCAGACGCGCGUCCACCGCAAGACCCUCAACCCCACAUUCGACGAGUCCUUCCAGUUCCCCGUGCCCUACGAGGAGCUGGCCAGCCGCAAGCUGCACAUGAGCGUGUUUGACUUUGACCGCUUCUCCCGGCACGACAUGAUUGGGGAGGUGAUACUCGACAACCUCUUCGAGACGUCCGAUCUGUCCAGGGAGACCUUCCUCUGGAAGGACAUCCAGUACGCCACCAGUGAGAGUGUGGACCUGGGGGAGAUCAUGUUCUCGCUCUGCUACCUGCCCACUGCCGGGCGCCUCACACUCACUGUUAUCAAGUGCAGGAACCUCAAGGCCAUGGACAUCACAGGAUACUCCGAUCCCUAUGUGAAAGUGUCCCUCAUAUGUGACGGGAGGCGCUUGAAAAAGAAGAAGACGACUAUUAAGAAGAACACCCUGAACCCCACCUACAAUGAGGCCAUCAUCUUCGACAUCCCUCCCGAGAACAUGGAUCAAGUCAGCCUCCACAUCUCGGUCAUGGACUACGACUUGGUGGGUCAUAAUGAGGUCAUUGGAGUAAAUCGUGUGGGCAGCCACGCAGAGGGGCUUGGCAGAGACCACUGGAACGAGAUGCUGGCCUAUCCUCGCAAGCCCAUUGCUCACUGGCACCCCCUGCUGGAGGUGAAAAAGUCUGAAAAAGAGUGGAAGGCCCGCACGGCCAGCUUUGACAGCCAGGGCUCCUGCCCUUCCCCCAGACCUCCAUCCAGCCCAUGAGGACGGAGUCAGCACCGGGGAGCCCCCGCCCCACCUACCAGCCCUAGUGCGGUGUCAGCAUGUCUCCUACUGACUCGCUGUCUGUCCGUCCACCCAUCCAUCUGUCUGAGGGAAACCUUCCUUCCCCGCACAUGGUCACAGUACCCAAAGAACUGCCUUAACGCUUCUGGGACAUUCAGUGCUGGGACAGGAAGACUUUUUAAAUUCUUGGGUACAUUACGACUGAGC